UUUGUUGAUAAAUUGUACCAACACAUUUUCGGUUUUUACAGACAUCAACAUUUGGAACUUGAGACAACACAUUCUUUGACGAAAUCGACAGAAUGAAAGGGGUCCUGUUUUUGACUGCUCUUGUGCUUGUUCACUUUCAGAUGAGCCAUGCCUCCUUGAUUGUGAAAGGCCCUGCAAAGGCAAUUGUGGCCGGGGAUAUGGUGACCCUGGAAUGCUAUGACUCCAAUUCUACAGCUAACAUGAGCCAAGUCUAUUUCGAGAGGUCCUCAAAGUUCUCACAGGGAUGGUAUCGCCUUGAGUCAGACAGGGAUUACCGCGGCCACUAUUUCUGCUCCUACCGUUACUUCGAGCUGAACCUUGAAGAUGACCGUCUGCUCCUGACCACCUAUGGCAUACAGACCUACAUGGAGGGGCUUUACCGCUGCGUGUCUGAUGACGCUGCCCUCGGCUCGGACAACUCCUCCGCUCCUCUGUCCCUCACCGUCCACUACAUGCACGAGCUGUCAUUCGCCAGGGACGGCCCCAGCAGUUACUACAACCGCUUCUACGACUCCGUGCAAGACCUGCGUGUGCCACUAGGAAGUGACGUGGAGGUGAACUGCUCCACCACAGCGUCUGAGACCCCCGAGUACUUCUGGCAGAAGGAGGGGAGUGACUGGAUCCUGCCAUCGAAGACUCUGACGCUGAGGAAAGUGACUCCAGAGGAUGAUGGGACCUACACCUGCACCGCCAAGCACCCCAGCGUGGAGUCCCUCCGCAAGAGUCGCUCCUUCACCCUCACUGUCCUACCAGAGGAUGCUGGCUGGUAUGAAACCACGGACGGACGCAUCGUCCUGACCGCCGCCGGGGCUGGCCUGGUCCUGCUGGUGCUCCUGGUCUCCAUGACGGCCUUCCUCUGCCGCAGAGCCAAGCGCAGGCAGACAAAGGGACCCAUUGAUGACCGUUCCCAGACGAAGCCCAUCUACAAAGGGAGCGUGGAGUCUCUUCCCUCCACAACUGGAGACAACCAGCCCCUGGUGUGAGGAGUAGUAGGGUGUAGCCAGCAGCAGGUUGAAGGCUGAAGGUGUAUCAGGUGUGGUAUCUGAUGUGUGAAAAAACUCAGACAGGCAAUUGAUAGUUUAGUUAUAGAUGGGAAUCGGGGUGGAUGUUUAUGGGAAGAGACUGGGUACGCUUCAAAUCAGAGUAUUCAUAAGGAUGUGUGAAAGCAAGCCUUUUUUUUGCCAUGCUGUUUUUUUUCCUCUCCUGGUUUUUAUCACAGACCCUGUCUAAAUUCAAUACGCAGGAGUGCUCUUCAACAGAAGGUGUGCAAUUUUCUCUAUAUUGAUUUUGCAGCUCGGAAAAUUGAGAUUCACACUUCUUCUCUCAGGCAGGGGGCUUCCUUGUGUGUCACAUGUUUUCCUCCCUUCCUCUUCUCCUCCUGGGUGGUAUCCUUGAACAGAAGGCUCUCCUUCAGUUGCUCUGCCGGUCCUGAUGGCCGUUCUGUUAUGAAAUGGUGUGUCUCUUUUAGAAAUCACUCCGUUGAAAUUGAAUUCUUAAGUGUGGUGUAAUUUUAUUUUUUAAUGGAAAUGAAAGCUGUAAGCUACCUGUGAGUUAUCUGUUGCACUUAAAAUGAUGGAAAACUGCACCAAUUAUUCAAGAUGCACUUUGACACUUUGCAUUUAAGACUUUUCUGGAAAAUUAUGUACUUUUAUUGCUUUUGUAAUAGCAGGCUGCUUCAAUAAAAUAUAACUACCCAA